AUCUUAUUUCUAGGUGUUGUUCGUUGUUUUUUUCGAAAAUCAUUCCAGAUUUUGUCCUAAUUUCACUUUCUUCAAGUUCAUCCGAGAAAAGCAUAGGCCGGGCACUUGAACAGGAACAGCUGUCCGCCCGGGGCGCGGCGACCGGGUUGGUGGGGGCUGAAGCGGGGCCAGACUCUAAUUGGUCCACGGCCUCGGCCCGACUAUCCAGUCAGCAGCGCCUGCGUCAUCCCGUCAUUGCCGGGGCUGCUGCCCGCGGAAAUUUGAAAUGGCUGACGGGUCGCUGACGGGCGGCGGUCUGGAGGCGGCGGCCAUGGCUCCCGAGCGCACGGGCUGGGCGGCCGACCAGGAGCCGGCGUCUCUGGAGAAAGGUUUGUUCCAAGAUGAAGAUUCAUGCAGUGAUUGUAGCUACCAUGAUAAACCAGGUUCUAGUUUACAAAGUUUUAUGCCAGAAGGAAAAACCCUUUUCCCAGAAAUUUUCCAAACAAAUCAACUUCUAUUCUAUGAGCGAUUCAGAGCCUAUCAAGAUUACAUUUUAGCUGACUGCAAGGCCUCUGAGGUAAAGGAAUUCACAGCUGAUUUCUUGGAGAAGGUCCUUGAAACAUGUGGAUGGCGGGCAGUCUGGCAUACUAAUGUGUUCAAGGUGCUGGUUGAGGUCUUCUGCGCCUUUCCUGCUCUUCAGAUGGCCACUUCCUUCUCAUCCUCCUCAGCCUGGCUCAGAGCUGACAUCCCUGGCCAUCUCAGCAGAAUCAGAUCCUCACCCCUGCUGGUUACUCUCUGUCACCUACUCGUUACCAUCGUGCUUAUUGAUCUCCCUGAUUACAGUGUAAGCUCCAUGAGGGUCACGGAUGUGGACUUUGCAGCCUUGAAGGCAGUGGUGAGGCUUGCCGAACCAUACCUCUGUGACUCUCAAGUGAGCGCUUUUACCAUGGAGUGUAUGAAGGAACUCCUGGAUCUGAAGGAACAUCGGCUGCCCCUGCAGGAGCUGUGGGUGGUAUUUGAUGAUUCGGGAGUGUUUGACCAGACAGCCCUUGCAAUUGAGCAUGUCAGAUUUUUCUACCAAAACAUUUGGAGGAGUUGGGAUGAAGAAGAGGAGGAUGAAUAUGAUUAUUUUGUCAGAUGUGUUGAACCUCGAUUAAGAUUGCAUUAUGACAUUCUCGAAGACCGAGUUCCAUCAGGACUUAUUGUUGACUACCGAAAUCUGUUGUCUCAAUGUGAGGAGAGUUACAGGAAAUUUUUAAAUCUGAGAAGCAGUUUGUCAAAUUGUAACUCUGAUUCCGAGCAGGAAAAUAUCUCCAUGGUGGAAGGGUUAAAAUUGUAUUCGGAGAUGGAACAGUUGAAACAAAAGCUGAAACUCAUUGAGAAUCCUUUGUUGAGGUAUGUGUUUGGAUAUCAGAAGAAUUCUAAUAUCCAAGCAAAGGGUGCCCGUCCUAGUGGUCAGAAGAUCACUCAUGUGGUCUCCUCCACCAUGAUAGCUGGUCUCCUGCGGUCCCUGCUCACGGACAGGCUUUGCCAGGAGCCUGGUGAGGAAGAAAGAGAAAUUCAGUUCCAUAGUGAUCCAUUGUCUGCUAUAAAUGCCUGUUUCGAAGGUGACACUGUUAUUGUUUGUCCUGGCCAUUAUGUGGUACAUGGCACUUUCUCCAUUGCUGACUCCAUUGAAUUGGAAGGAUAUGGUCUACCAGAUGACAUUGUGAUAGAAAAGAGGGGCAAAGGUGACACUUUUGUGGACUGCACAGGUGCUGAUAUUAAAAUCUCAGGCAUAAAAUUUGUUCAGCACAAUGCUGUAGAGGGAAUCUUAAUUGUUCACCGUGGUAAGACUACGCUGGAAAACUGUGUGCUGCAGUGUGAGACGACUGGAGUCACAGUGCGGACGUCAGCAGAGUUUCUGAUGAAGAACUCGGAUUUAUAUGGUGCCAAGGGUGCUGGUAUAGAAAUCUACCCUGGGAGUCAGUGCACCCUGAGUGACAAUGGGAUCCAUCACUGCAAGGAAGGGAUCCUCAUUAAGGACUUCUUAGAUGAACAUUAUGACAUUCCUAAAAUAUCCAUGGUGAAUAAUAUAAUACAUAAUAAUGAAGGUUAUGGUGUUGUCUUGGUGAAACCUACAAUCUUCUCUGAUCUGCAAGAAAAUGCUGAAGAUGGAACAGAAGAAGAUAAAGCACUUAAAAUUCAGACAAGUGGAGAGCCAGAUGUGGCUGAAAGAGUGGAUCUAGAAGAGCUGAUUCAGUGUGCAACUGGCAAAAUGGAGCUUUAUGCAAGAACUGACCCUUCUGAGCAAGUUGAGGGAAAUUGUAAAAUGGAAAAGAAACAAAUGCCCCCCCCAAAAAAAAAAACCAAAAGAAAAAAGAAAAGGUUGAGUGAACUGGGGAUCACACAGGCUGAUGACAACUUAAUGUCACAGGAGAUGUUUGUUGGGAUUGUGGGGAACCAGUUCAAGUGGAAUGGGAAAGGUAGUUUUGGAACAUUUCUCUUCUGACCACCAUAAUGUAAGUAGAUAGCAAAAUACUCGAUUUUGCACGUGCUGCCCUAAGAAUCACUGCUGCCAUUGUAGUUUGCUUUAUGUCUGUAUUUUAUAUUUGAUUAUUUGGGCCUGAGUGAAAGGUAGAUUUAUUUCCAUUUGCAGGUGUUGCACAUAAAACACUCCCUCUUUAUAAGAAAGAUCAUAAACACAUAUAAAAUAGAAAAUAUUUGGA